AUGACUCUCCUGGAAGGGUCCAUUGGGGUGGAGGACCUUGUGCUCCUGGAACCCCUGGAGCAGGAGUCUCUGAUCAAGAACCUCCAGCUGCGCUAUGAGAACGGGGAGAUUUAUACCUACAUUGGGAACGUGUUGGUCUCAGUGAAUCCCUACCAACAGCUGCCCAUCUAUGGCCCAGAGUUCAUUGCCAGAUACAGGGACUAUACCUUCUACGAGCUGAAGCCCCAUGUCUAUGCACUGGCAAAUGAGGCGUACCUGUCACUGAGGGACCAGGACCAAGACCAGUGUAUCCUCAUCACGGGCGAGAGCGGAGCUGGCAAGACAGAGGCUAGUAAGCUAGUGAUGACUUACGUGGCGGCUGUCUGUGGGGAAGGGGAACGGGUGAACUCUGUGAAGGAACAGCUGCUUCAGUCAAAUCCAGUGCUGGAGGCUUUUGGCAAUGCCAAGACCAUUCGCAACAACAACUCCUCUCGAUUUGGAAAAUACAUGGAUGUUGAGUUUGACUUCAAGGGAUCCCCCCUUGGUGGCAUCAUCACAAACUAUCUGCUUGAGAAAUCCCGCGUGGUGAAGCACCUUGAAGGAGAAAGGAACUUCCACAUCUUCUAUCAGCUACUGGCUGGAGCAGAUCCAGAGCUGCUGAAGGCCCUGAAGCUUGAGCGGGACACAAAUGGCUAUGCCUACCUGAACCCGGGGGCAUCCAGGGUGGAUGGCAUGGACGACACUGCCAACUUCAAGGCCCUCCAGAGUGCGAUGGCUGUGAUUGGGUUCUCCAAGGAGGAGAUUCGGCAGGUGCUAGAGGUGGUGGCCCUGGUGUUGAAGCUGGGGAAUGUGGAACUGGCAGACGAGUUCCAGGCCAAUGGGGUACCAGCAAGUGGCAUCCGUGAUGGGAGAGGUAUUCAAGAGAUUGGGGAAAUGGUGGGUUUGAAUUCAGUGGAACUAGAGAGCGCUUUGUGCUCAAGGACCAUGGAAACGGCCAGAGAAAAAGUGGUCACUGCACUGAAUGUCGUCCAGGCUCAGUACGCUCGGGAUGCUCUGGCUAAGAACGUCUACAGCCGCCUUUUCACCUGGCUGGUGAAUCGAAUCAAUGAGAGUAUCCAGGUGGGCACUGGGGAGAAAAGGAAGGUCAUGGGGGUCCUGGAUAUCUAUGGCUUUGAAAUAUUAGAGGAUAAUAGCUUUGAGCAAUUUGUGAUCAACUACUGCAAUGAGAAGCUACAGCAGGUGUUCAUAGAGAUAACGCUGAAAGAGGAGCAAGAGGAAUAUAAGAGAGAGGGCAUACCGUGGGUGAAGGUGGACUACUUUGAUAAUGGCAUUAUCUGUAACCUCAUUGAGGAUAAUCAACGAGGCAUCCUGGCCAUGCUGGACGAGGAGUGCCUGCGGCCUGGGGUGGUCAGUGACUCCACCUUCCUAGCAAAGCUGAACCAGAUCUUCUCCAAGCAUGGCCACUAUGAGAGCAAAGUCACCCAGAAUGCCCAGCACCAGUAUGACCACAGCAUGGGCCUCAGCUGCUUCCGCAUCUGCCACUAUGCGGGCAAGGUGACCUACAACGUGAACAGCUUCAUCGACAAGAAUAACGACCUGCUCUUCCGGGACUUGUCCCAGGCCAUGUGGAAGGCCCAGCACCCCCUCCUUCGGUCCUUGUUUCCUGAGGGUGAUCCAAAGCAGGCGUCUCUCAAACGCCCCCCAACUGCUGGGGUCCAGUUCAAGGGUUCUGUGGCCAUUCUCAUGAAGAACCUGUAUUCCAAGAAACCCAACUACAUCAGGUGUAUAAAGCCCAAUGAGCAUCAGAAGCGAGGUGAGUUCUCCUCGGAGCUGGUGGCCGUCCAGUCUCGGUACCUGGGGCUGCUGGAGAAUGUGCGGGUGCGACGAGCAGGCUAUGCCUACCGCCAGGCCUACGGGUCCUUCCUGGAAAGGUACCGAUUGCUGAGCCGGAGCACUUGGCCUCGCUGGGACGGUGGAGACCGGGAGGGGGUCGAGAAGGUCCUGGGGGAGCUGAGUGUGUCCUCAGAGGAGCUGGCCUUUGGGAAGACAAAGAUCUUCAUCAGAAGCCCCAAGACUCUUUUCCACCUGGAAGAUCAGAGGCGCCUACGAAUCCAUCAGCUGGCCACACUCAUACAGAAGAUGUACCGAGGCUGGCGCUGCCGCGUCCACUACCAACUGAUGCGCAAGAGUCAGAUCCUCAUUUCUUCUUGGUUUCGGGGCAACAUGCAAAAGAAACGCUAUGGGAAGAUGAAGGCAUCAGCAUUGUUGAUCCAGGCUUUUGUGAGAGGUUGGAAGGCUCGCAAGAAUUAUCGGAAGUACUUCCGGUCAGGGGCUGCCCUCACCUUGUCAGAUUUCAUCUACAAGAGCAUGGCACAGAAAUUCCUCCUGGGGCUGAAGAACGAUUUGCCAUCUACCGAUGUCUUGGACAAAAGGUGGCCAGCUGCCCCUUACAAGUACUUCAACACAGCUAACCACGAGCUUCAGAAGCUCUUCUACCAAUGGAAGUGCAAGAAAUUCCGGGAUCAGCUGUCCCCGAAGCAGGUAGAGGUCCUAAGGGAGAAGCUCUGUGCCAGCGAACUGUUCAAGGGCAAGAAGGCUUCAUACCCCCAGAGUGUCCCUAUUCCAUUCCACGGUGACUACAUUGGGCUGCAAGGAAACCCCAAGCUACAGAAGCUGAAGGGCAGGGAGGAAGGGCCUGUUCUGGUGGCUGAGACUGUGAUGAAGGUCAACCGUGGCAAUGGCAAGACUUCCUCUCGAAUUCUCCUUCUGACCAAGGGGCAUGUGAUUAUCUCAGACACCAAGAAUUCCCAGGCCAAGAUUGUCAUCGCGCUAAACAGUGUGGCCGGGGUGUCAGUCACCAGCUUCAAGGAUGGGCUUUUUAGCUUGCAUCUGAGUGAGAUAUCGUCAGUGGGCUCCAAAGGGGACUUCCUGCUGGUCAGCGAGCAUGUGAUUGAACUGCUGACCAAGAUGUACCGGGCUGUGCUGGAUGCCACACAGAGGCAGCUUCCAGUCACUGUGACUGAGGAGUUCUCAGUGAGGUUCAAGGAGAGCAGCUUGGCUGUCAAGGUCAUCCAGGGCCCUGGGGGUGGUGGGAAUGGCAAGCUGAGCUGCAAGAAGAAGGGGAGUCGUUGCCUGGAGGUGACGGUACAGUGAGGAGGUGCAGCAGUUUCUUCUUCCUGGACCAGCACCGGCCCUACUCCCACCCACCCACCUUCGUGGGAGGCUCCCGUGCCUGAGCCCUCUGAUGGGAGGUGGGGCUCAGAGAGUGCAGAACCCUUGAAGAGGACCUUGCUUCUCCCAAGCCUUUCCAAUCCUCUCUCCAAACUUAGCUUCCUCCCGCCCUCA